UCAGCAUGAAGGUGGAUACCAACGUCAGCACCAGCCAGAUGGACCAGAACUGGACGCGCUACAUGGUGAUGUGCGAUCGGAAGGAUAUCCGCCAGUCGGUCAACUUUCAGGAGGAAAACGAAGUGCAGGCAACCUUGGUCGGUAACAAAACACUUGCCAAGCAGUACGAAAUACUGAACCCGGUCGACCGGGGUACGCAGAGCACGAGAUGGAUACUGAACACGCCGGUCUGGACAGUACACAACCGGUUGGUGCACACCGGCAUUACCCAUGUGGAGGGCGGUUGGCCCAAAGAUAUUGACUGCUGGCGGGACGAGGAGCUAAUGACGCGCUAUCGCCGAAAGCAGGAGAAAAGUGAAGCCUACGUGCAGCAAAUGCGAGGCCUUACAAGGACGAUAGAUCACGCAAUUAUGCAGAAUAAUGCUUGCAACAUCUAUCAGAAUUACUUCGAAGACAUCGAACAGCACGAACUGAUCGAACAGUUUACGUCGAAAACGGUACACGUGUACAAGGACUAUCUGGAAGAGAAGCGCUCCUGCACGUACAUCUGCUGGUCCGACGAAGGAAACCAUUUCGCUUCGGCACACUGCAACAUUGGACAGCGCCGUGGAACCAUUACCGAUUGCUACAUCUGGGACAUUGAGCACCCAAACAGUCCACUGCAGAAGCUGUUUCCCCCGUACCAGACGCGCUGUUUGGAGUACAAUUUUAAGGACCCAAACCAGAUGGCGGGUGGCCUGUUUUCCGGCCAGGUGGCCAUCUGGGAUAUACGGGCGUCCGGGACACCGGUGGAAACAACCCAACGCGAGGCGAGCCACAACGACGUUGUCACGCGCGUACUGUGGACCAGCUCCAAAACCACCAACGAAUUCCUGUCCGGCUCCACCGAUGGCCGCAUCCUGUGGUGGGAUUUGCGCAAUCUUACCGAACCGUAUGAUUAUCUGAACCUCGCACCGAAGGACGUUAGGGCGCGGGAGGAGGACCCGCGCCACUGUUUCGGUGUGUGCGCGGUAGAGUUUGAACCGACCAUGCCGAACAAGUAUACGGUCGGUACGGAGAAUGGUAUGAUUUACAGCUGCAGCCGGAAGUACAAAACCCCGGCAGACAAGAUACAGUCCACGAUCUAUGCACACACCGGGCCGAUCUACUCGGUCGAGCGGAAUCCACUGUUUAUCAAGAACUACAUCAGUGUCGGCGAUUGGCAGACGAAGAUCUGGACGGAAGACUGCAAGGAUAAUCCGAUCGUGUGGACGAAGGAGUACGCCGUGCAGCUGACCUGCGGCAUCUGGAGCCCUACCCGCUGCUCGCUGGUGUUUAUCUGCCGGAUGGACGGGGUGAUGGAUGCGUGGGAUGUGAUCCACCGGCUGGAUGGGCCGGUUCUGCGGCUAAAACUGUCCGACGCACCGCUCUGGUCGGUGCGGGUUCACAAGGCGGGCAAAUUGAUUGCGAACGGUACGGACAGUGGAGCCAUCUAUCUGACCGAAAUCUCCGACAAUUUGACGUUCAGUUCGGCCAACGACAAACCGGCCCUGUCCGGGAUGUUGGAGCGCGAGAUGCGUCGACAGCGAUUGCUCGAGGCAAAGAUUAAGGAGAUCAAGCUGAAGGAGAAGGAGCUCGAGCGGGAACGCAUGCGACGCCAGCUGCGCAUGGACAAUGCCAACUCGAUCGAGGAGGAAGAAAAGGAUCUCGUCGCGGAUGCGAUGCACCAGUUCUGGACGAAGAUCCUUGGUAGGAAGAGUUUGAAGAACACGCUGAAAGGUAUCCGGAUGCGGGAUACGGGCGUAACGUUGCUCGCCAAGGACAAGAAGCCGAAAAGGGAAAAGCGCUAA